AAUGAGAAAACUUCCGAAGCAGGUCUGUUGCUGUCUAUGGUUGCAGCAAGAGAGCUAGCAAAAUAGCGCAACCAACUUAUUUCUGGGAUUGAAGUAUCUGAAAGUAAACACCACUACACUUUAGUGACAACACCGUGAUCUUGAUACAUCUAACAAGCCAUGGCAGACGCCAAACCGUCCGCGUCAGGCGCAGCGGAGGGGAGUCUGGCGGAGGAGUUUGCCGUGCCCUCGCAAGUGGAGGAGUUGAGGGGUCGGAUGGCAGAGUUCGCAGAGCGCCACGGAGUGGCUGGACGCCGAGUCGUUCUCAUCACUUCAGGCGGAACCAAAGUGCCUCUGGAGUCCAGAACUGUCCGGUUCCUGGACAACUUCAGCAGCGGCCGAAGGGGCGCCUCCUCGGCGGAGUACUUCCUGGACGCUGGUUACGCGGUGAUCUUCCUCCAUCGGCACCGCUCCCUGUACCCGUACACCCGGCUCUACUCGGGCAUCAACCUGCUGGAUGCGCUCACCGCGGAGCCAGAGUGUGCCCGCGUGGUGGUGGACCAGAGCGCGCUGCCCAACAUCGCGGCCGUGCUGACGCGCUACCAGGCGGUGAAAGCCGCGGGACUGCUCCUGCCCGUGGAGUUCAGCACGCUGUCCGACUACCUCCAUCUCCUCAAAGCUGCAGCGCAAGCCCUCAGCGGAAUAGGUUCUAAAGCCAUGUUCUAUCUGGCUGCUGCCGUGUCUGAUUUCUACAUCCCGGCGUCCGAGAUGCCAGAGCACAAGAUCCAGUCUUCUAACGGACCCCUUCAGAUCAGCAUGAAGAUGGUCCCUAAGAUGCUGUCUCCGCUGGUGCGGGACUGGGCGCCUCAGGCCUUCAUCAUCUCCUUCAAGCUAGAGACGGACUGCAGCAUCCUGCUGGAGCGGGCCCGGCGCGCGCUGGCCACGUACCGUCACCAGGCCGUGGUGGCCAACGUGCUGGACACGCGCCGUGGCUACGUGGUGGUGGUGACGCGGCACGAGCAGCACGAGCUGCAGCUGUCCGACGAGGACGCGCGGCACAAUGUGGAGAUCGAGGAGCGCAUCGUCAGCAACCUCGCCGCCGCUCAUCACGACUUCAUGCUGCAGGGAUGAGCAGGCCGGCCCGGCCGGAGGACAACUGGCCUGGGCAACAGUGACCCCUGGUAGAGUGGGCAUCUCUGGCUGCUCGCUCUUCCUCUGAUGACCCCCGGCACGCCCUCAUUCUGUCCAGCUCAUUCCAGAACCUUGAACUUCUCCGCAGGGUCAACCACACACAGACUAUCAACAUGACAUACUAUAUCCUACACAGACUAUCAACAUGACAUACUACAUCCUACACAGACUAUCAACAUGACAUACUGAAUCCUAUAUGGCUGCAUACCAACAUAACAUACUGAAUCCUAUGUGGCUGCAUACUACAUCCUACACGGCUGCAUACCAACACACUGCAUCCUACAUGGAUCCAUGCUUAUAUACUGCAUCCUACAUGCCCCCAUGCUUAUAUACUGCAUCCUACCUGGCCCCAUACUUAUAUAAUGCAUCCUACAUGGCUGUACUAGGCUGAGAGACUCCUGCCCUGCAAAGCUCUGUGUUUGAGUGAUCUGUUGGGAUGUGUAUUAUUCAGCUCUGUGUUUGAGUGAUCUGUUGGGAUGUGUAUUAUUCAGAUCUGGUGGGAUGUGUUUUAUUCGGGUUGGUUUCUGACACCGCUUCUGGCUGAAAGUAAACUCUUGAGGCCGUGGAA